UAUACAUAUCUCCUCAUUAUCGACACCCUUUGAAGAGAAUAAUAUCAACUACGAUGCCACUUUUAUUUUCAUGUACAUCUUAUCUUUCCUUCUUCUUAUUCUUCGUCAUCAUCUUUUACUUUCCCAACCAUCCUUGUAUUGCUCGCAAGUCACAGCUCAUGCCACAUUAUUUACGUCUUCCAGCUAAUAACAAGGCUGCACAAGAGAUUUAUUUGGGCACUGAUUCGUCCCGUGUAGAAAACGCUCCUAGAGGAAUUGCGGACCUUCAAAAGGUCAAAAAAAUAGAAGCUUUUCACAAGGAAAAGAAUGACAAUAAAGGCACAAUUUCAGGUACUGAAAUGAUUUCUCCAUCAUCUUUGCCCCACGCACGUUUGCUCAAGGCACUAAAAACUAAGAUGGAGUCGUCUUUUACCUCAUGUUUCAACUGGGAACGACAAGUCAGCCAUCGUUUUUUUUUUCCCUUUGAAAAUGCCAUAUUGGGCACGUUGAAGUUAGAUACUAAGGGGUCGUUUGGUCGGAAACGUGAUAUCCCAGGGAUAAUUAUCCGGAGAUUAGUUAUCCCAUCUUUAAUUCCAUAGGGAUAAAAGAACACUAUUAUCCGGAGAUAACUAAUCACGGGACUAUUUAUACCGCUAUUUUAUCCCAGCCAAUUAUGGGAUAAAGUCAUCUUAAAUUUAAUCCCGAGAUUAAUUAUCUCUUCUUUCUCGUACCAAACGAGUCCUAAGGGCUCGUUUGGUACAAGGAAUAAUGGAUAAUUAAUCUCGGGAUUAAAUUUGAGAUGAGUUUAUCCAUAUUUGGUUGGGACAAAAUUGCGGCAUAACUAAUCUCGAGAUUAGUUAUCUCGGAAUUGUAACAGAGGAAGCAAUACUAUAUUGUAAGGUUUCUUUAAACAAAAAGGAUUCCUGUGUCCUCGUG